AUGGAGGAUCCUAUAUGGGAGGCCCACAAGGCCGUCAUCAAGCUAUUGUAUAUUGAAGAGAAUAAGACUCUCAAAGAUGUUAUGCGUAUCAUGAAGACCGACUAUAACUUUUACCAGACGGAAAGUGCAUAUAUAACACAGCUGGGAAAAUGGGAUUUCAAAAAAUACAGCAAUCGGGAAACAUGGAAAUACAUCAAGCAUAGGUUCAAGAAAAAUGGAGUGGAAACUGAUGUGAUCAUUAAAGGAAGGCUGCAGCCAAAGGCGAAAGUCAGACGGGAGAUCAAUAGACAAGCAUUUGAGCGCGCGAUAGACCACUUUCGUUCCGUUUCGUCUCCGAGGACUCCUCCAGGAGUGAUUGUAUGUUCCCCAGGCCUAAGCAUCAUGCCGCUACAAAGAAUAUCAAACCUGCCCUGGAUGAAUUUCUCUCGCCAUUUUCCUUUCCAUCUCUACCCUGAAAGCCUUUCGGAUCUAUUUGGUGUUACAGCUUCUGUAUUAGACACUGUCAAACGUCUUUUCCCCGAGAUAGAUCAAGAGAUCGUUCGGACCUUACAAUCUGAAUCUCCAGACUUUGUCGGGCUGAGGAAGGAGCAGCAAGCACGUAGAGUUGUGUCUACUCUUGGAAGUGCGACUGAGUACAGCCUGGAACAAUUUCUUCGAAUAACCAUGUUUUUUCUUUCCAAUAAGCUCCCCAUCAAUGGACAGAGUCAAAGCCUUGACCAAGAAAAGUGGGUUGCGGAAGAGGAUCAGCUCAUUCUCAAGCUUCUUGAAGUCUCUGGAUUGUCCAGCGCCAUCAUCAGUCAACACUUGUUUUCAAGCCCAUACGUCUCUGCUCGCGCUAUUUCAGAGAGGUUAUUUCAAUCUGCAAUUCGAUUGCAUGACCUGAAGACAGUCAAAGCGAUGCUCCAAGGUGGAAUGAACUCUGGCCUUCCCAUUCCUUCAUUCAAAUCUGGGAAAUGCGUGCUUGUAUCGCCGCUGGAGUUUGCCGCAAGUCUUGGACCCACAAAAACUGCAAUUGAAUUGACCAAACUUUUGCAAUCUUUUGAUGCUAAGAUCGAUGACUUCAAAUUGAAACCUGUCCUUCAAACUGUCAUUGAAGCAAUGAGAAAUAUUUCACAGUCCUUGGAAUCCGCGGAUUCCCUCUCUUCAAUCGAGACUUCUGCAAUUGAUAAUAGCAUGGAGCUUCUUCAGUUGAUUCUGAUAUGUCAACCAGAUCUACAAGCUCGAAUAUGCCAACCUGGAAAUUCCGGUUCAAGUCUCACUGUCCUUGGUCUUGCUGUAAGCCUGGGGCUGCUGGAAGCUGCAAAGUUGCUGAUCAGAUUUGGUGCAGAUCUAUAUGCAACUCAAAUAACUUAUCUCGACAGUGAUUGUCCUGAUUUUGAAACCAAUAUCUUUGGUUUGGCUUCAAAGCGAGGCGAUGUCACCAUGAUGCGAAUGCUUUUAGACUCUAUGAGCAUGAUUCAACCUCAAAACCCGGCAUCUGAUGAUUUUGUCAAGUCUCUCGUUCUUGCAGUGACAUUUGGGCGUGAAGGUGCCGUAAAGUUUCUCUUGCAGAAAGGUGUCACCGUUCGAGAUGCUGAUGCCUUUCUCAGGAGGCGGGAGCCGGGCCAGCGAACGCUUUUUGCUAGAGCCCUCACUCAAAGGAACCAGGGACUAAACUCAAUCCUAAUGGCAGCGGAUGCCGAAAUGGACGACAUUGCUGUAAAAGACUAUCGCAGCCUUGAGCUUUUUCACUGCAUCAAUCAGAAUGAUUAUGAAAGAGCAAAGACCAUGCUAGUCUUGGGAGCUUCACCACACAACUUGUUCGAUGGUUUUCCUGAGAGUCCCCUUAGUGCGGCCAUUGCACAAGGAAAUAAAGACCUUAUUGGGAUCCUCAAAGUUGCACUUGUUAAAGCUGAAGGGCUUUGCAUUCCAUAUAUCCCCAACGAGCCAACAGCAUCGUUCCUGGAGAUGAUAGAGUUUCUUCCGACUAUCCUACUCAACAAUGGCCAACAGAUACUGACCUGUGCCAUUCUCCAGGACAAUCAGGAUGGACUGGUAGAUUUCUUGUUAGAUCGUUCUGUGGAUCAGCAGAGAGUGAGACCUGCUUUGCUCAGGCAUUUUGACAAUUUGUCAGAGAGUUUGAAUCUACCAGAAUGUCGGAGUCCACUGGAGGCAGCACUCACCCAACGAAAUAUGACAUUGGCACGAAAGCUGAUUCACAGAGGGGCACCUGUCACCGAAAUGGAGCUAAAUGCAAUUGUCUGGCAAGCUGUAUUGACUGACGAUGAUAGCCAGGCACCCACAGCAAUGGGAAUGGCUGUUCUUUGGGGGAAGAACAAUCUCGUCAAUGCUCUCCUACAGUCCGGAGUCAGUCCAAAGGGCCUUGUUCAUAUUACUGAUCCUCCGGAAGAGGAUGAGGAGCUCAUAUUCCAGACAACGGGCUGGUGGCACUUAGAGCCCGAGGAGGUUGCAUCAUCGGUCCUUCAGAUAGCAGCGUCAAAAGGAGAGCCAUCCGUCUUAAAGCUUCUCCUUGAUUCAGUCGAUUGGUCGGAAAGGGACAAAAGCAUUGCUCUGACCACAUCUGUGUUUUGGGGAAACUAUCAUCUUUUGCCUGGCUUGAUAGCCGCAGGCGCGCAUGUGAACCAAGGAAUGCUGGAGACAUCAGCAGCUUUCGAUAAGGUGAACACGGAAAUGCUACCUCUCCAAAUUGCCGUAAAUGUUCAGAAUAUUGACUUAGUCAAGUUUCUUAUCAAAAUCGGGGCAAAGGUCAAUCAGCUCGAAGCCGGAGUCGGUGGCAGGACUCCCUUACAGACAGCAGCGAAAGUCCGCAAUGUAGAACUUAUACGACUGCUUCUGGAAAAUGGCGCAGAAGUCAACCACCUACCGGCUGCUCAUUCUGGUGCUACUGCAUUGCAAUACGCUGCAAUUGAAGGCCAUCUUGAUGUUGUUGGCCUUCUUUUGGAUUGCGGUGCAGAUCCAAAUGCCUCUGGAUCAUGGAGCUUUGGAAGAACAGCACUGGAAGGCGCGGCGGAGGGUGGGCAUAUUGAUACUUUGCAGCUUUUGCUCAACAGGGGAGCCAGUGUGAAUGGCCCUUCUCGAGUUCAGUUUGUACGAAGUGUAAAGCUGGCUGAGAUGAAGGGUCAUCUUGCUGCCGGUUCGUUUCUAAAAGCAUCCUGUGAGUGGACACAAGCGGAUCAAGCUUUUUAUGAGCAUCAAAGGUUCGACGAGGAGGAGCAGUUCAGUCGUUUGAUCUAG